AUGGCAACCCCGACUCAGACCCCCACCAACGUUCCCGAGGAACCUGACCCAUUUUAUUAUGAUUAUGCCACGGUGCAGACAGUGGGCAUGACCCUGGCCACCAUCAUGUUCCUGGUGGGCAUCAUCAUCAUCCUCAGCAAGAAGGUGAAGUGCAGGAAGGCAGAUUCCAGGUCUGAGAGCCCAACCUGCAAAUCUUGUAAGUCGGAGCUGCCCUCUUCAGCCCCUGGCGGCGGCGGCGUUUAA